AUCUUCGCUUGAUCGAACUAGUCUUGACGUCACAAUUAGUUUCAAGCAGAUCGGAGACAGCAGCGCUUCAAACCACAAAGAUAGUCGGAUCGAACGACGACGACGAAUUUUCUUUUGAUUUUACCUUGGAGUCGACAACGUUCUCAUUGUCGAGAUGGAGAACAACGGCUUUGAUACAUUGGAAAUGAAGGAGACUUCGAAGAAGAUGGAAGCAGAGGAAGGGGUUUCUGAGGUGAAUGAGGUUGAAAGAGGAACUCCAAGUAGGCCUCAGCAGCUCAGCUCAAGACCUUACGCAGGUAUGGGUAAGGAGGAACUACUGAAGUUCUCGCAGACGCCUGGAUGGCGGGCUGCUCGUUGGAUCUGUCUUCUGAUCAUCCUAGCUGGGUGGUGCGCCAUGCUUGGUAUGGCCAUCUACCUGAUCAUCACCACACCGAGAUGUCUGCCCUGGUGGCAAUCCGCUGUCGUCUACCAAAUCUUCCCGAGAUCAUUCGCCGACUCGGCGGCUGCCGAGGACCCCGUCGAAGGUGACAUCGGAGGGGAUGGCAUUGGGGAUUUACAAGGAAUCAUUGACAACGUUGGCUACUUGAAAGAGAUCGGGGUGAAUGCGGUCUUGCUUUCUUCCAUCUAUAAAUCAGGAGGGUGGGACAAUGGAGAGGAUAUCGUGGAUUUCACCAUGGUCGAUGAGCAACUCGGAAGCAUUGACCUGUUCGAGAACCUGGUCCAAGAACUGCAUGAUAAUGAUAUCAAGCUUAUCUUGGAUUUUAUUCCGAACCAUUCGAGCAUCGAACAUGACUUCUUCAGGAAGAGCGAGAAAGUUGUUUCUGGAGAUUCCGAAGUGGAUUCAGAUUUUCAGAAUUACUACACAUGGGCCGAUGGCCGACAGGGCGAUCUUCCUAGUAACUGGACAAGUCUAUACAGCGGUAAUGCUUGGAAUUGCAGCGGUGUGGAUGAUAAAUGCUUUCUUCAUCAAUAUUCCGAUCGACAGCCAGAUCUUAAUCUUAACUGGCCUGACGUUAGAACACACUUAACGAAUGCUCUUGAGACGUGGUUUACCAGAGGUGUAGAUGGGUUUAAUAUUCGAGGUGUCAGGUAUUUCUACGAAGCCAAAGACAUCACUGACGAACCUGAAAAUACAGCCUACCUUCCCAUUGGCUCCGAUAACGUGCAAUACGAUUCACUUCGACAUGACUACACUGCAGAGUAUGGCGGUUUGUCUCACUCGCUUCUGCAUUCUUGGAGGGAUGGUGUCUUCUACAAAUUUUCCACCGCAGGCACAUACAGAGUGAUGCUGACCGACUCUGAGAGUAAUACAACUUAUGUCCAGUCAUACUACGGCACUUCCGAUGAAGAAGAAGCAAAUCUACCAAUGAACUUUAACCUUUUGAAGAUGGGUGACCCAAUGGGUCAAGGUGGAGAGAUUACUGGACGUGAACUUGAAGACUUGAUCAGAGAUUGGCUCACUGAAAUGGACGACGGCAACUGGCCGAACUUUCAGCUUGGUAAUUAUGGUGCAAGUCGCAUUGCCAGUCGUCUCCGACCCUUGUACAGCAAAGCGGCCAACAUCCUACUCCUGACCCUACCGGGCACGCCCAUCUGUUACUAUGGUGACGAGAUAGGGAUGGAGAACCUCCGCGAGCUUGAGUUUGAUCAAGUCAAAGAUCGCCGGGGUUUGGAUGAUCCAAGUGUAUGGCAACUGAAGACUCGUGAUUAUGAACGAUCUCCUAUGCAAUGGGAUGCAACUACCAAUGCAGGGUUUUCAUCAGCAUCCGAAGAUAAGCUCUAUCUUCCUAUUCAUUCUAACUACCAACAAGUCAAUGUCGAGGCCCAGAUGGGUGACGAAAAUUCCGUGUUGGAGGUGUUCCGUCGAUUGGUGGCGCUUCGCGGUGAUUACCGAGCUUUGACCACAAACACCAUCAAGUUCGUCGCAUCUUCAGACGAGGUUAUUUCUUACGUCCGUGAGAUAGAUUCGGAAAAGGAGCGUUUCUUUAUCGCCCUCAAUUUUGGGAACGCUGAUAGCGAAGUGGAUUAUUACCACACCGGGGAUGGCGUCUCGUUGCCUCUCCAAGGCUUGGUGAAAAUAGCCACGGACCACAGGCGCGAGGGUUCGAGGGUCGAGCUCAACAAGCUGCACCUUACACCCGGCGAAGGCGUGGUGAUCCUCCUGGACGAGAUCGUACACGUCGGCAGUGGAUGGUGGUACAAGUUCUUCACACCCGAUGCAUAGUGCUGGAAGAUAUAAAGAAAAAACUAUAAUUGAGAAUCAUUAUGGUCUCAUGAUCUUAUUAAAGAUAUACUAGUGAAGUGUUCCAAAUUUGUCUUCCUGUAACCCGUGGUAUAAAGAUGUUGAUACUGAUGUGAUGCUCGAUCUUCCCUCUGGCCCUAUAUCACUGUCUCCCGCCUUUUCAACUAUAUACCACAUCAUAACUAUCCAUGUCAAACGCCCUCUCAUAACGUUUCAUAAAUUCAUAUACGAAUUCUCAUGCACACAAACAAAUCUUGUCGACCUAUAUACAAGCUUGUUAAUGACAUUCACUGAACUGCAUGGUGUAGCUUGCAAAUCAUUGAUUAUUCAUUUUGUAAAAGGCCAUUAUCCAUUUGCCGCUCAUAAACAUGUACAAAACUUUAAAAUAACCAACUGAUUUUCAUUUUUACUUGGAACCCCCAUCCCACUUUCAAAACAAUCCCUGCGCUCAUUUCAGCCAGGGACGACUUAUGCAAGGAGACGGCAUUUUUAAAGUUAAUAAAAAGGAGAUAAAAAGUUUGAGAGAGAGAGAGUUCAAGAACCCUAUUUUGGAUAGCAUUUUGUCUUGUUUCUUCCAUUUUCUUUUUUUUCCUUUCCGUUUUCCUCUCCUGGCCAACCGUUUUCGAAAAUUAUUGGAGGCUGAUCACCCCUGCCGCCACGCAGCUGCAUGUUUUGGCUUUUAAUCAUAUACCAUGAUCUAUGAUCGUAUGUUCACAGACAUGAUUGGAUGUCAGAAUGUUCUACUGUAUAAAUACUUGACAAUAUUCCUCUCAUGCACAUCCCCGAUCUCUGAAUCAAGGUUUCUUUCUUGUCUUGAUGCGGUAUAUAUACCCCGGCCAUUCACUGUAUACUUUUCGAAACAUGUAUAUCUCUAUGACCCCGUCCUUGGUGUUACAAAAAUAAAGUUCAGUCUUUUUUGUCACAAAGCA